AUGGAGUCCGAAUCACAGCCCAAACUAGUGCCACAGGCUCUCUCGACGCUCACAGCCAACGAUUCUAGCCAUAACAGUGGCGGCAUCCACCCAAGAUCGUCUGCUUUUUCUGGCGGAGACGAAACCCUCAGCCGCGACAGUACAGCUAAAACCGCGACAACGAUCACAGUUCCAGCAGCAGAUGCUACUGGGAGUCACGGCAACAUAGAAACGGGACACAACCAAGAACUGGUCGAGUCCACACUCUUUUUACUUCAAGAGACUAUAUGGAACACUUUGGUUCAAAUGCGUAAUCGGGAAAGCAUCUACGACUGCUACAGCGCUGCGAAGUCCCGAUAUCAAAACCAAUACACCUGCCUCGUUCACAUAGACUACAUUUUCAAAAUUCUUAUGAACUAUCCAGCGGAGGUGCUAUCCGCCAUGUACAUCCCAGUAAUCCUGCGGUUCUUUAAAUGGUGCCUCUCUCUACAGCAGCUUCCGCGGGACCUGCGAGGUACUCGGUUUAUCAUUACCACAAAGAAAGGAAUCGCAUUUUUGAUGGCCAAUUGGAACGAGUACUGUUACAACACCGCAACUCUUUACCAGGCUUUCAAAGCUCUAAAACUCUUGCAGAAUCUCGAAAUGGCGUUGUUCCCGCAAAAACCGGAUAUGUAUACUGAUCAACCAGAUGACGAAGCCGAAGAUCCCAAUUGGAGUCCUCUUGAUGAGAGUCAGCUAGAAAGUUUGAUCGUUUCGAUUAACAAAAAUUCGGCAACAUCCACAGCUCCUCCUUUUUCAACAAACGAUUACUCAAAUCAACAAAAUUCUGAUAUUCCUGAUUACUUUCCUUUAGACUACUCAAAUCAGCAACCAUCGGCAACCGGGCCUUCAUCCGCACCUAUGCCACCCAUAUCGUCAACACAGCAGCAAGCGCCGCAAUUCUAUGGCGUCCAUCAGUCGCCACUUUCGCAUACCUAUUCUGAAUUCCAUGAGCCUUUUACAACACAGCCAGCGAUAUUGAAUCAUGACAUCACUCAACAACAAAACCUAGACAAUUUAUUCGGACAGACAAUUCCAGAAAUUUUCCAGAGACUUAAUGCCCUGGGCAAUGCCAACGAUGACCUACGGCGUCAAAACAAUGUCCUUUCUGAAAGUCUAAGGAACAUCAAGUAUCAGCUUUUGCUUUUGAAAAACAAUAUGGAUAAUGUGUUUCCCAAAACACCAUCUCCAACUUCAUCUAAAAUGGAAUCUUCUCAGUUCCAGCCCAAUUUACCUGAAAGCAUCAUUCUGGCUCAGCCAGACCCUAUGGACACAUCUAACAUUGGUGGCAAUGAUGACACAAAAAUUAAUUUGGAUGUGGGAAGUCGUGCUUCCACCGGAUACGACAAUUUACUUCCCUAUCACUCCUCUACAAAUGCUUUUCAAUUCGGGACAGAGCUCAAAAUCGCCGAACGCUUGACAAAAGAUGAAGCGGCCACGGUAUUCAGUAGUGGAGGAAGGUCAGGUACAUCACCAAUGCCACCUAUGGCCACCAUAGUGGGGAGUAGUACUGCGAGCAAUAUCAGUGAGGGCAGGUAUCCAACAUUGAGGAAGCCUAAAGUCAAAGUUCGUGAGUUCACAGGAGCUACAUUGACUAAAGGCGAAAGUUACCAACCGCCAUUGACCCCAGAGGGCAAAAGUUAUUUGGUGGACGAAGAUGGAAAAUUGGCAAUAGUGAUGGCCAACGAUCAAGACUCAAUCUUUGGCAUGUACAAUGAGUACUACCAGUCACUGCGGCCGCAGAUCGAUUCAUUUGUAAACGAUUUUGGCAAAAGAAACCUAGUACACUUUAAGAAGAAGCGCACCUUUCAAAAAAAAAAGGCAUUUGUACAAUGGGUGGAGCGUAUUUCGCACUCGAUGGACAUUCCUCCAGAGGAUGUUCUUGACCUCAUUGACGAGGUUAGACAAAAAGAGAAUAGAUCAGUUGUCUGGUCUUGUAACAAUUUGGGAAGUAUGAAAGAUGCAUUUGUAAAACACAAACCGGAAUUUCGUGAGGCCGCCUUGUCAGACACUGAUUGA